AUGAGGCUCAGGCUCAAACCAUUACUGGCGGCAGCAUGCUCCAGACCCGCGAGGCCCUCUCACUUUGAGGCUUGGUUGGCACCACUAGUCCGAGAUGUAACGACAUGCAGGCGGUUUCAGUCGCAUCAAAGCACACAAAAGCGUUCGGAACCAUUGCGCAUUCUAUUUUGCGGCUCCGAUGAGUUCAGUAGCGCCAAUCUCAGGGCUCUACAUGAGGAGCAGCUCAGAAACCCGGGCCUCAUUGAGUCCAUCGAUGUAGUUGUCCGUCCGGGGAAGCGAGUGGGAAGGGGCAAUAAGAAAAUACAGCACCCUCCGAUCAGGGAUGUAGCCACAGAGCUAAAGCUCACGAUUCAUGAGCGCGACACGUUCACAGGCUGGACUAUGCCCACAAACAUCAACCUCAUCAUCGCCGUGUCCUUUGGCCUCUUCGUGCCGGCGCGUCUGCUGCGCGCAGCCCGGUACGGGGGACUCAAUGUGCACCCGUCGCUGCUGCCCGAGUUCCGGGGCGCCGCGCCGCUGCACCACGCACUGCUCGCCGGCCGCGCGGCCACGGGCGUGACGCUGCAGACGCUCGACGACCGCACCUUUGACGCCGGUGUCGUGUUGGCCCAGACCCCGCUGAGUGAUGGCUCUCUCUUUGCCAUUCCCCCGGGCUGUACCGUUCCCGAGCUGCAAGCCGGGCUCACGCCCCUGGCUACCGAGAUGCUCGUCAGCAGCCUGCGCGAGGGCCGCCAUGUUCCGCCGCACCGUGCCGUGGGCUGGCAGCAGCAACAACAGCAGCAGCAGCAAGAUGGUUCUGCUUCUGGCUCCGAAACGCCCAAAGGACUGCUGCCAGACGCAACGGCCUGGGCGCCCAAGAUCACGCCACAGAUGCGGCAACUCGUGCCUCCAUCUGACCAGGCGUCCCCAGCCUGGACUGCCCGCCAAACGGUGCUUCGGCAGCGUGUCAUUGGACCUCUGUGGUGCAAGGCUCGGGAAGCGCAUGGCAAGGUCAAACGGGUUAUUGUGGACGAUGCAAUGGAAGAAGUCGCCGUGCCAGAAAGUGAUGUGUUCAAUCCUGAAAAGGGCCUCUACAAGAAACUCCAGAUCCAUCGCUCGAGUGGCCGCCCGGCCCUUGAUGAGCAAGGAGGAGAGGAUUCGAUCGUUUCCGUCAUUUUUUGGGUCCCGCAUGACAGUGAGGAUAUAUAUCUCGUCGAGUCCCAAACAGCAGCUCUGAAAAUAGGCCGACUGAAAAUCGAAGGAGACAAGGCGAAGCCGGCGACUGUGGCCUUGGCACAUUUCGAGAGCGAAGUGGUUGAACAGAACAUGAUAGAUGCUCAGUAUGUAUUGAGGUGA